CAGUCGCGACGGCCCCUCUCUCCCGCCCCCGCCGAGAGUCCGACGUGGAAGUUGCUGGCUGACCGAGCUUCCAAGGAAACCUCCUCGGAGCCAGAGCUGAACCCCGAGCCGGAGGCCAAGGCGAGCGGAGGUGGCGGCGCCGAGGCUCGAAGAGGAGUCAUUGCCGAGUUCAGGGCCAUUCUCUGACGACCGACAAGGGCGGACAGGCGGUUCAUCAUGGGUGGCUUUUUCUCAAGCAUUUUUUCCAGUCUGUUUGGAACCCGGGAAAUGAGGAUUUUAAUUUUGGGAUUAGAUGGAGCAGGAAAAACUACAAUUUUGUACAGAUUACAGGUUGGAGAAGUCGUUACUACUAUUCCUACCAUUGGAUUUAAUGUUGAGACAGUAACAUACAAGAACCUUAAAUUCCAAGUCUGGGACUUAGGAGGACAGACAAGUAUCAGACCAUACUGGAGAUGUUACUAUUCAAACACAGAUGCAGUCAUUUAUGUAGUAGACAGUUGUGACCGUGACCGAAUUGGCAUUUCUAAAUCAGAGUUGGUUGCCAUGUUGGAGGAAGAAGAGCUGAGAAAAGCCAUUUUAGUGGUGUUUGCAAAUAAGCAGGACAUGGAACAGGCCAUGACUCCCUCCGAGAUGGCGAAUUCACUUGGGUUACCUGCCUUGAAAGACCGAAAAUGGCAAAUAUUCAAAACUUCAGCAACCAAAGGCACUGGCCUUGAUGAGGCAAUGGAAUGGUUAGUUGAAACAUUAAAGAGCAGACAGUAAUUCAGACACUUCUGUUCCUCUGAAACGAAAACCACAUCACAUACCCCUUGGGAAACAAGUGAAGUGUGCUUCACACUACUAAAUGUUAAAACUGUAUAACUAUUGGCAUAUACGGAACUGACUGCAACAUUUGUAAUAAAUAUAAAAAAUAAGUAUUUGGUUGCAAGGGUAACUGAUCAUGAUUGAACCAAGAGAAUGUCUGUUCUGUAUAAUGUAAAAUAUUCCUUCCUUGCUUUCUUGUGUUAAGGUAUAUAUUCUAUUUGUAUGGAAUUCUUAUUCAGAUACAGUCUUAUUAAAGACUUAUUGAGGAAAAAGACACUCCUAUUUUUAAAUUAGUGGUUGCAGCUUGUUUGUAUUAACACUAAUAAAUGUCUUAACUCAGAUUUUUUCCCCCUAAAAUGAAUUAAGUUUUUCCAAAGAUUAGCCUCCAUACAGUAGGCAAGGAAAUUAGUGUGGGUAAUUAUAGUUUCCAUUUGCUUAAUGACCACUUUAUUUAAGCUGCUUCAUUUAAAAGCUUUUGGUUAUAGGCAUGAAGCUGAGGUAAUUAUUUGAGGUUUGCUUCACUGACUUAUCUGUAAUUAUCAUUUUAUAGUAUUUAUAGUUGUUGGGGAAAUUUUACAGAUAUAGACCUAGUCAAUUUGUACAGGAAUCCUGUGAUGUAGCUAGGCCAGGGUGUAAUGUCUUAAUUUUUAUGGAUGUGGACCUAAGGUAUCUGAUAGGCUGGCUUGCCCAGGGUCACCUGCUAGUGAGGUGGGAAUGGAGCUCACAGUGACUUCACGGUCAGAAGCUUGUCCCUUAAACUACACCAUAAAUUCCUGAAAAUGCCAACCUUGGCAGCACAAUCUAACUCCUUAAAUAAAAUUAUGCUAAUUGAAGUAGACGUAGUACAUUCAAAAUAAUGUCAGUAAAUUUACUUGUCCAUACUAGUAGAGGUAGUAAAAAGUCUUAGUUACAUUUGAUGGAAUUCACAACACAUUAAAGAAAAUUCCACUUUAAAGGAAAUUUUUAGAAAAGAUCUAUUUUAAGAAGCAUUGUAAAGGAUGUCUUCACUGUCUUUGAUUUUCCUUUUAUCUACAUGUAAUUAGACAUGUAAAUUUGGUGAAAAGUCAAAAUCAAAAGUGCUACAGGGAGAAAUUAAGCACUCCUACUUUUGAAAAAUUAGGCCUAUUGCUGCUAGGCUAUCAAAAACAAUUAUAUUGUAAGGGACUUUUUAAAGAAAUUUUUCAAGUCAGUCUACCACAGGAUUGGCUCACAGUGUGACAGAAGUAAAUAGAAUCCUUAGUAAUCAUUAGAGUUGGGGGUAGAGGGAGGGAUUUUUUUCCUUUUUUUAAGUUGGGACAGGCAGCAUUUAAAAAUUGCAUGCCAGUAAAGACAACUUAAUACCAUUGUGCCCAUCACAUCUCAAGAACACUAGUGGUUCAUUUCCUGUCCCUGACAUUGUCCUUCCAGAUGUUGGCCUCUGGCCUCCUCCUCUCACUUUUGGUUCUUCACCUCAAAUGAAUGUGACUUUCUCUUUUCACCCAUUAGACUUCAACUCUUCUUACUCGUUCCUCAGCACCCAUUCCUAAUUUAGUUUCUUGGAAAUCUUUUUGGAGACCUUCCUCCAGGGACAGGUGUUCCCAGUGCACCUAAAGUUACUAAGUGAGCAUAUAACUAACAUUGUUUCAUAGUUUUCAAGGCACUCCUGAUGGGCAGACUGUCUUUUUCAUAUUUAUAUCCCUAGAAUCCAGUACGGUGCCUGGCACAUUAUGGGACCUCAGAAUAUGUUUAUGGUUGAAAUAGGAUAUAGAUUUGUCAGCUGGGAAAAUAGUACAUUUUAUGUUUAGGUCCCUUUCUGGUCAGUGGCACAUAUUUAGUGCUGGGCUUGUACUCAAAUGUGAGUACUCCUCAGUAGUUUAGGAAUAUCGUGACAGUAGAAGUAUGGGGAGAUGUGGCCCUGGCAGGCAGAUGCUGCCUGGCAUGCAGACCUGGUAGCAAAGGCCAGCUCUUGGAUGAUCUUCCUUCCUCUGGUUUGUCUCAAAGAACGGGAUGGGAUAAGUAGAGCAUACAGUUAUUUUCAUAAGGUAUGAAUUAUAAGGGCCUUGUCUAGCAGGAAACAAUUGUAUAGGUAUGUUAUAGGAGUUUGAAUGUUCGUAUUUAUAAGAUAUCUAUUGGGUAUUGUUUUGCAAGAAGCCUGCAAGAAAAUGGGAAAAGCACCGAACCUGAAAUCAGAACACAAGAGUUCUAGGCAUAAAGGGCCACUCCAUCAGUUUGUUUGUUUGGAGAAAUAAUAUCAAAGGUUUCUUUUAGCUCUUAACAUUCUACUUUAUAACUCUGGUUGGUAGUUGGGUUGGGUUGUGAUCACAUUAAAAAAGUGAGCAAUUGAGAGCUGUGGGAUUCUCUUAUCAGAAUACCAGAGAUGCACUUUAAGUUGUGGGAAUGUAAGCUCCUUGAGGGCAGGGACCAUAUCUUGUUUAAUCUUAGAAUCCCUUGCAUCUAGUGUGGUGUGCCUGGCACAUACUAGGCACUCAAUAAAUAUUUACUGAUUAAAA